AUGCGCAUCUCACCCCAAUCCCGUCGUACCCAGAAAGAUGCCUCACCCUCGCAGGCACGUCCGGCAACUUCGGAGCCGACCGCCGAAGAAUCACGAGAACCACAAAAAAGAAUCACGGUCGGCUUGAACUUCGCCUCAUCUGCCACCUCUGCCUCUUAUUCUGGCGCUGGCAACCCAGAGCCAAAAAGUGUUACGUUUGGUGAAGCUCCAGUAGGACCAGGCGGUCUGUCUAUGGCAGCAUAUAAGCUUCCAACCAACGUCAAGUUUUUGGAACCAGGACGUUUCCGGACGCUGGGACACGAAAUGGUUAUCGAUAUGGACACGACCAGUUCGGGCGCGAAACAAUCUAUGGACGAAAAUCUUUGCACGCCCGGCUCCGAGGGGGAUUUCUUUCUCAAGCUCUGCGACAAAUAUGGUGUCUGUAAAUGGGAUGUUAUCAGACAACUCCUCGCCGACGCGUUCCACUACAUCCAACUCGACGUCAAAAGGGCACUUGGCAAGGACGACAGCGACACGCUAGAGCAAAACGACUGGACAGUGACGAACGCAGUCCCCAUGAUAUGGACUGGUGGAGGUCCAGGCUUAGAAAUACAGAAGCAGUUCGCGCGGUGCAUGGAGGAGGUUGGCUAUCCUACGGGAAACAAAAUCAUUUGCGAGGACGAGUCAAUUCUUACGAAAGCAUGGGUGGAACGCGGAAACAAAAAGUUGUCAAACCUAGCUGUUGAUCCUGAGGCCACGCAAGGGUAUGCCGAUGUGGGAGCUUGCACGAUGGACCUGGCAUUUCGUUUCGUCUGGUUCCCCAAUACAUUGCUGGCCGGGAAAGCAGUCGGCUGUGCUGGCGGCAUGGCCGACUUCUGGAGGUGGUUGCACGUUCGAUGCGAUCAUAACAGUUGGAUGUUCAAAGUCGCCGCAACCUAUGUUCACCACUUGACGCCCGAUUUCGCAGAAGAUUUCACGUGUGACUCGCACACCAUAGCGCUUGAUGAAAUCAGAGAAAAACUCGGCAAGGUCUUCGAGGCUCCGCUGGCUUUGAUUGAAACCAUGAUCAAAAAUCACCGUCGUUUGAUAGAAUUCACUGUGUCCGGGGAAGCACCCACGUCAAAUGCUUACAUCCGGGAUAUGUUCGCGACCAGGAUCGGAAACGCCCUUACAGAGGCUGGCAUGCCAGAAUGUCAGGUGGUCUUUAUCAAAGCAGAGGACGCAUCUCUUGCCGUAUCGAAGGGCGCUGCUAUUCCCUACGACGAAGAUCCCAGGCUACGUUUCUGGGAAAGAUGUUUUGGUAUUCGGCUCCACAUGUGCUCGGAGCAGGGUGAUUGUGCAACGACGGGGCCGUGUAAGCGUGAAGAAACGUAUGUCGCCCAGCUCAAAGGCAGGAAGAGCUGGAAGCUAGCGAAUUGGGUACAUCUUCCGACGAAUGGAUCGAAUGGGCACAGCACUAAGGGCUUGGGGCUCUGA